ACUGCUUCCUUCUCAGACAGAGCAGGUUAGUGGGAUCUAUCCAUGCAAGGAAACCCUAAAGAAAGGAGAGGACAACAGAAUCUACUUCAUAACCUGGAUUUUGGUUUGCAUUUUUUUUUUUUUUAGUUUUUGGACUCAUCCUGAUCCGCUUCUUCCUGCUGAUCGGCAUUAUCUCUCAUUAUUGCAAAGGACUCAUCUCCUUUUGUUUCGCGCUGCGGUUUUGUCCAACUUCUGCCUCCCUCUUUCAGCGCAGAGGAGGCGCUUCAUUUCUGCGUUUUUUGUGUCGUCCUAAACGGAAUGAAUGACCAAAACAAAGGAGGUUGAUGUCCAUAAUUCUCCGACUCACCUCGCCUUCGCCUCGCCCAAGGAACGGAGACUCCAUCUCCGGCAGAAGAUGGAAAGCGGCGGGACGGAGGCGCAGCAGCAGCAGCAGCAGCAGUCACCCCGGGCUGAAGCGGCUGCGCUCCCCGCGGCGCAGCGCGCUCACACCGGCGACAAGAAGAAGGUAAACCGGGCACCCUCUCCGGCGAGACCGAAGGAUGUACCCGGAUGGUCGCUAACGAAGAUCCGCGGAGGGAUCGGGUCCGCCUCGCUGAGCGUCAAACCCGGAGCCAUCCAUCUGGGCAGCCGCGUUUCCAGGCGGAGUCCCGUGGGUAGCCUCACUGGGAAGGACGGCAAAGCCGAGAGGGGGGGCGGUAAGCCGGCAGGAAAAUCCUCCCCGCUCUCCAAGACUUCGGCUUUCAAAGCGGCGAAAAGCGGCAGCGGUCGGAGGAAAGUGUCGGACGCCAGCACGGGAUCCGAAGACCUCUCCAAAGACUCCGGCUGCGCCGCAGGGAAGCUGUCCCCCACAGACAGCAGCUCCGAGCUUUCCGACUGCGCGUCCGAGGAAAACAAACUGUCCGCGGAUGCUGCGAGCAGCGACGCGGAGUCCAGGAGCAGCAGAGGUCCAGAAGGAGAGCAGCCGCUCAGGGACAGAGCCGCUCAGAGCAGCUGCUCCAGAGACGACAAGGACCGACUGUGUCUGAGCAUGGAGGCCGGGGAGGAGAGCAUCUCACCCGGCGAGGAGAGGUCGGUCACCUCGAUGGACAGCAGGGUUCCUGCCAGCACAUCCCUGGCUUUCUCAGACCUCACAGAGUUCACUGAUGGCAUGCAUGAGGAAUACCUCAGGGAAAUAGAAGAGCUCAGAUCUGAAAACGAUUACCUCAAAGAUGAGAUGGAGGAGUUGAGGUCUGAGAUGCUGGAAAUGAGGGACAUGUACAUGGAGGACGAUGUCUACCAGCUGCAGGAACUGCGCCAACAGCUGGAGCAGGCAAAUAAAACCUGCCGUAUCCUGCAGUACCGCUUGAGGAAGGCAGAGCGGCGCUCUCUCCGCGUGGCUCAGACGGGGCAGGUGGAUGGAGAGCUGAUUAGGACGCUGGAGCAGGAUGUGAAGGUGGCAAAGGACGUCUCCAUUCGUAUCCAUAGCCAGCUAGACAGCGUGGAGAAGAAAAGGGGGCGUCUGGAGCAGGAGAACGAAGAGCUAAGAGUCCGGCUGCAGGACCUGGAGGUCGCUAAACAGGUCCUGCAGCAGGAGAUGGACAAGAACUCCCAGAAGAAAAGAGCAGUACGAACCAGCAACAAACUGGACAAGAAGCCUGCUCCCCAGGAGGACAAUUCAGACCUGAAGUGUCAGCUCCACUUUGCCAAAGAGGAGUCAGCCCUGAUGUGCAAAAAGCUGACCAAGUUGGUGAAGGACAGCGAGGCCAUGAAGGAGGAGCUGGCCAAGUACAGAUCGCUAUAUGGAGACAUCAACACCUCACUCACUGUGGAGGAGGUUGCUGACUCUCCGCACACUCGAGAAGCUGAGGUCAGAGUUCAUCUAAAGCUAGUGGAGGAGGAGGCCAACCUGCUGAGUCGACGCAUCGUGGAGCUGGAGGUCGAGAACAGGGGCCUCCGAGCAGAGAUGGACGAAAUGAAGGGCAGUCAAGACGGCGCUCAAGAGCUUUCUGGUGUUGGUGGUGGUCAGGGGGGAGGGCUUUGUCUAACAGGAGGGGCCGUGGUGCUUGGUGGAGGCGCCUCAUCUGAAAACGUUAUGGAGCUCCAGAGGCACCUCCAGUUUGUGGAGGAGGAAGCUGAGCUGCUGAGACGAUCUCUGAUUGAGAUGGAGGAACAGAACAAACUCCUGAUGAAUGAGAUAAAUCGCUAUAAAUCUGAGCUCCCACCUGCAACCUCCACCCUAUCCUCCGAGUCCCUGAUGUCUCUGACCGACGGCCUGCUGAAUGACUCGGUGCAGGACGGGGCUGUGCUCAUCAGCACCGACACUCCGACCCCCGAAGAGGAGCUGAAGCUGGCGAGGCUUCAGAUCGGAGAGAUGAGCGGCAAAAUGAAGAAACUGCAGUAUGAGAACCGCGUACUGCUGUCCAACCUGCAGCGCUGCGAUCUCGCCUCUUAUCACGCUCCUUCCUCCUCAUCCUCCUCAUUAAGACUGGCUUUAGAAACAGAUGCAGAAGCAGGAGACUCAGCCGAGUGUCUCCCUCUCAGCCCACCCCAUCGCAAAGAGCCAGUAGGAGGAGAGAACGAUGCCAUUGAGAUGGAUGAAGAGAAAAAGAAGAUUGAGGACAACGCUGAUGCAACGACCUCGCUCUCUGGGUGCCUGGGGCAGAAGGACCGCGAUGCCUUGUUGGCCAUGAGGGAUCAGGCUCGUUUGGUUUCCACUGCUAUACAGCUGCUGACCUCCCCCGAGUCCAGCUGCCUGCCCUCCUCCUCUCCUUCCUUGUAUCACAAGGUCUGCAGCAAUGAGGCAGCAGAGCCGUGUGACCUGGAGAAACCUCAGCCUCACUGCCAGAUCUCAGAGCUGUCUGAUUUGGCAGACCGCCCUCUGGUUGGUGCUCUAACCAGCAGGCUUCAAGCUCUGCACACCCAGCUGCAGGCCUUUGUUGAGCAGGUAGACAGUCUGGCUAAACCUCCCCUAGGGGGAAGGGAUGGUCAGGUGGAAGGAGCAUCCCCCCCAGCAUCACCUUGCACCUCCUUACCCUGCUCAGGAGAUAACGAGGAAAACCAACCGGAGGAAAAGCAGCCUGAUUGUAGGGACCAAUCAGAUCCAGACGAGAAAGAUGAAACUAACGAGAUCAGCCAAACUGUCAGCAACCAGACAGAAAAUCAGGAAGCCAGCCAGACGGAACAGGAGGAGAAGGAGAUGGAUCAUCCUACGCCUGCACAGGUCUCUGACCUCGGGGAGCAGAUGUCCCUAGAAAAGGAGUCAGCUGGAGAAGCCCAGGAGGAGCUGCACAAAGAGAGACAGAACCACAGAGAAGUCAGUCUCAGACUUUCACAGCUCCAGGAGGAGCACCAGAAGGCUCUGCUCCGACGGGACUUCCAGCUUCAGAGCCUGGGCCUCCAGGCUCGGCUUCAGCAGAAGCUGUGGAGUCAGGAGAGGAAUCUGCUGGUUCAGGAGUCCCAGCACCUGAAACAGGCCCUGCUGCUGCUCAGCCUGAAACUCCGCUGCUUCCUCAAACAGUGGAGGCUGGGCUGCCAGAAGGAUGCAGAGGGGAAAGAUGUUUUGGAGAUGAACAGUCUGAAGGAGUUGUAUCUGCUGCUGGAGGAGGAGAGCCUGCCAAGCCCCACGAAUGCAGCAGAUAAGAGAGCCUCUGCAGACGAGCAGCCGCUCAGCCCCACAAUAAAGUCGAGUGCAGUGAGCAACACUUUGGCAGACCUAAAGGUUGCUCUGCAGGACCUGAGUGCAGAGUUGAGACAAGAGAGACAAGGCUCCCAGGAACUCACUCAGCAGUUUGCAAAGGCCAAAGCGUCGUGGGAGGUGGAGAGGACCGAACUAAAGAGCCUCAUCACGCAGUUUGAGACAAAAAUGGGCAAAACAACAGCAGCCAUGACAGCAGCUGAAACCCUGGACCCUCUGGACCUGAAGGCGGCUCUUAAAAAGGAACGUGAGGAACACCAGCACCUCCUCGCCGAGUCGUACGCAGCCGUGAUGGACUUAACCAAACAGCUUCAGAUCGGAGAAAGGAACUGGAGCAGAGAGAAGCUGCAGCUGCUGGAGAGGUUCAGCCAGGAGAGAGCUCAGUGGGAACAGAGACUGAGAGAGGCUAGCAUGCAGCAGGAGAAGAUGAAGCCUCCAGGUGAAGAAGUCACAGUGGACACAGCUGUUGUUAAUGGAUCAGCAUCACCGAGGGUCAAAUCAACAGUGGAGGAUUCAGAGGUUAAUAAAUCCACCUGUGAGAAGGACAAAGAGCUGUUUGGUUCAUUGCCUCUUUUUACUCGAGCCGAGUUAGGUGACAUAAGCUUGAAGAACUGGACCAGCUUAACCAAUGAGACCCCAGAGGUUUCUGAUACUUGUAAAACCUGGGACGGUCCCAGCGGCUCCUCCAGCAGCUUCACAGCCUCCGACAUGGAUCUGGAUUUUGUGCGGAGGAGCUGCACUGCUCCGGACCGGACCGGCAUCCGUAUCUACUACAGCCCUCCUGCUGUGCGGCGUAUUGAGCACCGGAGGAGACACCAGGAGUCUUUAGAUGCGGAUCACUCAGGCAUUGGGAGCUCCUCUCUGAAACACACUGACAUGGAUGACGGCGUAGCUUCACUCAGUGCUCUUGAUGCUCAGCAGCAGCAGCCUGCCGUGUGUUUUACAUCUUCUUACGAGCAGUGGCUCAGUUCGCUGUCCAAACAGCACCGGGAGCUGCUGGAGAGCAGGAGCAGCAGCAUUUCCACCUCCAUGCCGAGUGUGUUCAGCAGCAGUGUCAGCAGUGGGGCGGUUAACAGAGCGGUCGAUGGGAGGACUUCCUCUUCUCCCUUCCAGGACCUGGAGAUCGGAGACAUUGCCGCCAACUUAAGCGACGACAUGAAGGAAAUGACUAACUGUGUCCGCCAAGCUAUUCGCUCUUCUUCUCUGGAGAGGAAAUCCAGCAAGGAGCCUGUUAGUCAGCCUGUUGGAGUAUGCAGCAAGUCUACCCAGACUGUCGCUCAGAGCAUCAGCAUCGGGCUGCAGACAGAGAGCCUGGCCAGCAGCAGGGGGGCCGGGCUGCACACCAAAGCCUGGUCCCCUCGUCCGUCAUCAACAACAACCUCCUCUCUGGCGUCGGUCCGAACUCGGCAGAUCUCAACAUCACUGGAUAAGGUGCACAGCCGUAUCGAGAGGCCUUGCUGCUCCCCUAAAUAUGGAUCACCUAAACUCCAACGAAGAGGAUCUUCUGGUUCCACUUCCAGACUGGAUGGGGCUUCCUCCAGCAGGGACCGCAGCAUGUGGAGCCUACAUCAGAGGCCCAUCGGUGGGGGCGGCGGCUCUGCUUGGGCUCGCUCCACCACCACGAGGGACAGCCCCGUCCUUAACGGCCUUACCGACGGCCUCUCCAGCCUUUUUAGCGUGGUGGAGCAAUCUGGAAGCACAGAGUCGCUCUGGAGGAGUGAAAUAGGACCAAGCCAGACCACCAGUCCCGCUCGGCAGCCUCCCGCCGCAGGAAAACCCUCCGGCGCUGUGGUUUGUGGAUCUGACUCCAGCUCUCAGCGCUAUGGAGGGCUGGUGCAGGAGUUCUUCAGGAACGUCUGCAGCAGGCCCAGCCCAGGCGGGGUCCACCUCCCUGCGGAGAGACUCCAAAGGGACUCGCUCGCUGUCCUGGGAGGAGUGGGCAUCAUGGGGAGUUUGAGCAGCUUGGAUGAACCCACGGUCGGAGGGGCUGCUGCGUUGGCUGGAUUGAGUGGAGGCAGCGACAGCGUGACCAGGAUUGUUAACAAGAGGUUUAUGAGGCAGACGACCGGUGAGGAGAUGAUCAGCAUCCUGGGAGGAGGAAAGGAAGCAGCCAGCAACAGCAUAGCUGCAGCACCAGGAGUAGAGGAUGCACCCUGUGAUUGUGCUGCUCCGUCCUCCUGCGUCGUCCGAUCAUCCAGAGCAGCCUCCCGCCACUGCAAGCACCGGCUGCAGGAGUCUCCGGCCGGAGCAGAGGAGAAGGGAGACGCCUGCAACGAGUGAUGAAAACACGCAGCACAUAUGGAGGAAAUUCGCUUCUUCACCAACACUACUGCCAUGGAAACGCUUUCCCUCACCUUCCAGAGCACCGAACGCACACAAAACCCCUAGAACCUGCCACACAGGGCCCACUGCCAAACCCUAACACAGCGACAGCACAGACUGCCUCAUUGAGCUACUGCCAUCUUAACAAAACCAUGAGCAGAACCCAGGCAACAGCGCUCCAUUUUCUAGACGAGCAACCGAUGCCAAGGACACACCCAGCACCCCAAACCUACCAGCAGGACUGAAACCACAUAUAUCCUCUCUCUCUUCUAACAACAAUCAGCAGCUUACAGUAAAUAAUGAUGUCAAUCUGCAAAACACAACCUCCGUAUCUCAGAUUAAAGGGUACUUCGAUCAGUCUGCUACAUUUCACAUCAUACAUUCACCCUGACAUGAUUUAAUACUCCUGCUCUGAUGUUUAGGUGUAACUUUGGGGAAUAUGAAGCAAAGACUGACAGACUAGAGCUGAAAAAUUUGAUAUUUUUCAUUGAAUUAUCCAGUCAAGAUCAUUUCACAGCGAAUGGAUUUGUUCCUCAAAUUGGUUUGUUUUACACAAUUAACCUCACAAAUCUAAAAGAAAUGCCAGAUAUUAACGAGACACUGCAGAGUUCUGUGCAAUGUGUCUUCAUAGGGUGUAAUAUGCUAAAAUAUUUUGAUUUAAUCAGUCAAAUGAAGGAUGUUGGAGCCUAAUGACAACUUCUUUGUGGAUGACACUGGAGAGUAAAUCUAUCGGAAGGCUUGUUUGUCUGGAGCAGUAAGCCCUCAUUCUAACUAACCAGGGGAGACAAAUCAGGCAAGACGGAUGAAAUUAAAGCCAUGACUUUGACCUUCGAUAGCAAGCACUGGGAACCGUUCCUCUCUAUGUUAAGUUAGACUGGGAUCCCUUUUGUUAAGCUAAUGGGACGUUUCUUUUUGUAAUAUUAAUUUAUAAUGUUGGGAUUUGUUUUUUCUGGGCCUAGCCGAGACAGUUUUGUUGGAAGCACAACUAAGACAUGAGAUGCAUUCCAUUUGUUACCAAUAAAAGUAAAACAUCCUUUAGGAUCAGAAGCACCCAGCUGGAAAAAACACUGCUUUGCAAAAGUAUUCAUAACCGAUGAACCACUUGAAUACGCUUCAAUCUAAAUCUAUCCAGUGUAGCUCUGUCUGCAUGUUCUCCCUUUGUAAGGUGAGCUUCUGUCUCAAGUGCAGUGCAUUAUCUAACAGGUUUUCUUCCAGGAUUUACCUUAAUUUAAAAAAAAAAGACUCCUCAGCAUACUGCUGCCACCACCAUGUUUGGAAGGGAAUUAUGUUUAUUUAUUCACUAAUAUUCUCUAACAAACCCCUGAGACAACACAGUCCAGCUGUAAGUUUGGACUUUAUAUAAUUAGAUUUCAAUCAGAAGUUUUCUGACAGCAUUUGACAGCUGGGUUUGAUUACUUUUAGAGUAAAAGUGGAUAAAUAUGUACAGCACACAUGCCAUACUUUUUACAGUUUAUACAUUUAUGAUGUUUCGUCCACAUCUGAAUUACAGACUUUUUAAUUUAUACGCACUGAAGUUAUGAAUGAAGAAGUUCAUUUAUUAUGAAUGCUGUUCUAGAAGCUGGGCAGUGUGGUUUUCUUACCUAGGUUAUGCCCAAUUAGGGUAUAUGUUCUGUUUUCAACUUUUUAUUUUGUACGUGCAUUCAAAAUAAAACUGAAGUCACUCAACAUAAGUAGCAACUGGCCUUCUUAUGACUAAAGUCUGUUAAAACAUCUUCAAUUGGACUUAAAAAAUAAGAAAACACAGCUGCCUUAAGCACCUUUAGACAUAUAAGAAAUAUAGCUUAGACAUUUAUUUUUCAAAAUAAAAGUCAUGACCUUAUUUUAUUCAAAUGUAUUCAAACUGGAACUUUUAGAGGACUAAAAAUAGAUUUUACAUACAUCCCAUAAUUGUCUAUAUUGAAGGCUAAACGUUCUAUAAACUGGACUAUGGAGGCAGCUGUACAUAAAGGGCAACAUAAAUCAAGAACAAUACAACUAUAACUGCCGACCGGAUAGGACCUGAAAUGUAAUUGAGGAGAAAUAGGAGAACAAAAAAUUAAUUGUGGAUUUUUUUACUCAUCCUUUCUCUCCAUUACUGUGGUGUUUCCCUGUCUUUUUUCUCCAAUCAGCUGAUCAAAGUGCCUGUCGGAUUGUCUGGCUAAUAAACUAAAACUGGACUUUUAGAAAAACCCAAACCAGGCAGUCUUCUUCUAUUAAGCAAGAUGGUUUUCUUCAAAAUGUACUGUAUUACAGUAGUGACAAAAAAGUUAUCAAAUGUUGGUAGACGUGGCUGCAUCAUAUGUCAUUCCUUUUUUUUCUCCACAUGACCAAUUAUCCCUAUUUAUAUUUCUACAAACCCAAUUGUUUCCCUUUGUAAUCACAGUUUGCCGAUCUAUCAUUAUGUCUCUGUUUAUUCAUCAUGGUGCUACUUGAUGUACAGUCGUUUGUGGGCUUGUUGUCCUUCAACGAAGAAUCUACCCACCAUGUGCUCACAGUUCAAUGACUCAGCAGGUUUAAAAGUAGGGCAUUACAGAAACAGUACAUGUACUUAAAUAACAUGCUGAAGAAAACCCACAGUCUGUGUGCUGCUGUCUGUUUUAGGCCUCAUUUUGGGUAGAAAAGAGACAGCGUUAUACCAGCUGCUCCUUCACGAGCUACUGACCUGAAUAUAACACCAUUAGACUGUCUGACUUUUAGCCACAAUUAUGGGGCUUUAUUUGACAUAUUUAAGCGGUUUACUGGUUAGGUCAUUUUUCAGGGUUUUUCCCAAAGAAAGUUCAUUCAAUGUUCCUUUUCAUAUUUCAAUUGCAAACCUUUACAAAAUGGUUUGUAUUACACAAGACUUAUAAUGUUAAGCUAAAUUAUAAAUCAUAUGAUCUAUUUAUAUUCGAAGAAAGUAAAUAAUAUAUGAAUCUUAGGUGUUUCUAAGUUCAAUUAAGGAUCUCAAAAUAGAUGGUUUAGCUUUCACCUUUACAUCUUCACAUGUUCAUUUAGCAAAGUCAGUAUUAUCACCAAUCCUACUUUCAAUUUACCAGUUCAUUUUAAAAGUACAUUCAUUUAAAUCUAUUUGAAAAUAUUACAUUAAAAAAUCUGCGCGCUGUUUCUUCUUUACAGAUUUUGAUUAAAGUUUAACAUUUGUCUGGCACCAAAAAUAAACUCAAAGGGCUUUCUGUAAUUAACGAUUUACUUUUAAUGCAAAUUUACCCUAAUUUGUUCAUUUUAGCCACAUUUCCUUCUGUUAAAGGGUUUCUAAAAAUGAUCAUUUUUUUAUUUGGCUAACUGUUAGCAUAAUCCAUUAGCUAGUAGCUUAUAGCAAAACAUUUAGCGCUGUGUUAAGUUUUGUUUUCUCAGAUCUUAAUUAAAACAUAGGUCAAAAAUAAUAUAGAAAUUAUUAAAUAUAAAAACAUUAUAAACCCUCAUCUUUAGUAAAUCGGCAUUUUGUGGCCUUAUUUUGAAUUUUGACCCUAUACAAUACAGUUAGCAUGCUAAUGAGAAAGCCACAGCUAAUGGGAUGUUAGACCUAAAUGAGUAGGUUUCACAUCCACAGUCAUUAACAGUUCUGAAAAAAAUAUCUGCAUGCUGUUAAAAGCCUGAUAAGCUGUUGAAAGUGCACAAAGCUUAUAAAUCGCAAGGUUUCAUUCACCAGACUUCAAAUAAUCACACUAUUUAGUAUUAUGUUUUUAAUACAUUUAAGGUUUCCAAACUAAUCUUAAAAUAAGAACUUGUCUUCUUCUUUCUUACUAUUACUUUUGCUACGAAAACACAAAGCUUUUAAAACAGAACAGGAUUUUGCUAAAAACAAAUAAAGCCAGCUUGAUACACAGGAAACCAACAAACAGUCCACUUUGGCAGGGAUUUAGAUUUUUUUUUUGGUUUGUUGAUGUUUCAUUCUAAAUAUAAAGUGAUUUUAAGUUUUUUUUUAAACUGUGAUUUUUUUAAUAUUUAUGAUUCUCUGCAUAAAAGUACAGGUUUUUGUUCUACCUCUUAGACUGUACAGUAAACAAGAAAACGAAAAACAUAUUCAGAUACCAGAAAUGUCUUUUACUGUAGUUGAACCUGUGCAGAUUCUGCAUAACCAGAUAUUGUUUUUUAAUGCUAUUCAGUCAUUCUAUUCACAAGAAGGUCACUUUAGUGCCUUGCUUCUACGAAUGUGUCUUGUUUUACUUAUUUAAACCUUUCUCUUUAUGUGCAUGUAUUUGACUCUAAAAAGGCACAACUCCUUGGUUCAAAAAUCCAGACUAAAUAAUCUGUAUUUUACCUUUCUUACGGUCUUAAUGAGGGAUUUUCUAGACUCAAGCUGAAGUGCACACUUUGAUAUUAAUAUUUUGGGUGACCAGACUUAAAAUUGGAUGUUAAUCUAAAUUAUGAUACAAUUUGGAUGAAUGUCUUUACACUGAUUGAUUUUAUUUUUAGAUGAAAAAAGUUGAAUGAUAUUCAUAGUUGGUGUCAUUCUUUUAAAGAAUUAAACAAAAUUGCUUAACAUGUAAUUUUUUAAUCAGUCACAAAUGACAGUUUGGAAUGGAUAAUAAUUUUUUUGUUAAAACGCUGGAGGAUGUGACUUGGUAGUGGUGGAAAACCCCUAAUCUAUCCCUAAAUGACAUUUAUUCCCUAACUAUCACAUAUUUUAAGUCACACGACGCCAGCCAAUGGCUUCCCUUUAGGCUUUGGAGCAUCAACCAUUACUCUUGGACCCAAACAGAAAUAUUUCCCUCUUUUUGUGAUGCUUCCACACCAUUAAUUAGAUCAUUACAUGCUGGGAUUAUGUAAAUGAAUUAGCUGUUUAUAAUGGUAGCUAAACUAUUAACCAGAGACGGCCUGUACAUUUGCUUUAUUAACAUACUGUUAUGUCUUUUUUUUAACAGUAACUGAUUUAAGAGGAGAAUGCAAUGAAAGCUAAUUUAAACAACUAGACCCUUCCCCCCCGUGUAAAAGAAAGAAAUUGUCCUUUUGUUUCUUUGAGAAAAGCUGAAUGUCAACAGCUGAUCUUUACAAGAUCGCUGUGGCAAUAUGUAGCGCUCUCUGAUUUUAGAUUGCACUUGAGCAUUUUCUCUGUAUAUAGUUGCAUUUUCAAGAUAUUUGAAAAAAAGAAACGAUAGAAAACAUUAAUGGAUGUAAGAAGAAGACGUCCAAAAUUGAUUUUUUUUUUUAAAGCAGCUGGGUAUGUUUGUUUUUCCAGGCCAUGGUAGCUUGUAAAAUAAGAUGAAACUGCCUCCUGUUUGUCAUAGAAAUCACAAAUAAACGUGUCAUGGAUUUUGAUGUUC